AUGGUUGGAGUAAAACGCCGUGUCGAUACCGGUGAAGACCGCAAUGGGAAGCGGACGAAGACGAAGACCGCUGUUUCAACGAAGAGCAAAUCAGUGCCAGUGAAGACGCAGAAGAGUGCAAAGGGAAAGGAUGUGAAGUCCGGAAAGAAGGAUCAGAAGGCAUCUAAGAAGAAGCCCAUUGAGGAAGAGGAGGAUGAAUUCUCUGAUCAAGACGACGACUUCGAUGUCGAUAAUAUUUCAGAUUCCGAGAUCGAGGACGGAGAUGAUGCCGAAGAUGAUGUUGAAAUGGACGAUGUCGAUGCGGAGGACGACGAUGAGGACGAAGAAGUUGAAGUCAAGGACAAGAAGAAAUUAAGUUUGAAGUCUCAGGAAAGUGAGGAGAUGAAGAAUAAAAAUUCGUCCCGCGAGUCGCAUAUCAAACAGAAAGCCCUGCAGCAAGAGCGCAAAGCCGCAAAACCCAAUGCCGAUCAGAUUGCCCGGUCGAAGAAACUAUGGGAGCGCCUGCGUCGCAAGUCGCACGUCCCUCUGGAGGAGAGGAAGAAGCUUAUCGCGGAGCUUUUCGACAUAAUCACCGGCAGGGUCAAGGAUUUCGUCUUCAAGCACGACUCUGUCCGUGUUAUCCAAACGGCGCUGAAAUAUGCAAACGUCGAGCAACGUAAGCAGAUCGCCCGGGAACUCAAGGGCAGCUACGUUGAACUGGCACAGAGCAAAUACGCCAAAUUCUUGAUUGGCAAGCUGAUCGUACACUGCGAUUCUGAAAUACGGGACUUGAUUAUCGCCGAGUUCUACGGCAAAGUAAAGCGUUUGAUCCGCCACCCCGAGGGCUCAUGGAUUCUUGACGACAUCUACCGGACGGUAGCGACGGAGGAGCAGAAAGCCAACCUUCUUAGGGAGUGGUAUGGCGCCGAGUUCGCCAUCUUCAGAGACAACAGCAACAAGACACCAACCGCUGAUCUCUCUAAAAUCAUCGAGGCCGAGCCUGCGAAGCGAUCAACCAUCAUGCAUUUCCUUCUCGAGCUCAUCAACCAGCUCAUCCAGAAAAAGACCACCGGGUUCACGAUGCUCCACGACGCAAUGCUUCAAUAUUUCCUCAUCAUAAAGCCCGGCAGCACCGAAGCCACCGAAUUCGUUGAGCUCAUCAAGGGCGACGAGGAAGGCGACCUCGUCAAGAACCUCGCGUUCACCAAGUCCGGCGCCCGCCUCAUGUGCCUCGCCCUCGCAUACUCCAACGCAAAGGACCGCAAACAACUCACCCGCUUCUACAAAGACACCAUUAAGAUGAUGGCCGGUGAUCUUAAUGGCCAUCUCGUCAUCCUAGCCAUGUACGAAGUCAUUGAUGACACAAAGCUCACCUCCAAGCUCAUCUUCCCUGAACUCCUCAACCAGAACAUCUCAGACGAGGAAGCCCGCAAUGAAGAACUCCUUUUCCAAACCACGGACCUCACAGCCCGCAUUCCCAUCCUAUACCCCUUCGCCAGCAACAACAAGCUCAAGUGGCUCCUCCCCGAGGGCGACAACGCCGUCCUCGACGAAAUCCGCGAAAUCCGCAAAGAAACAUCAAAGAAGGAACCUUCCGUCCGUCGCCAGGAGCUCGUCAAAGCUGCAUCCCCGGCCAUCCUUGAUUUCAUCACCGCCCGUGCAGACUCACUUCUCGAAACCAGCUUCGGCUGCCAGUUCCUCGCCGAGGUUUUCUUUGACGCUGACCCUUCGGAUGGCAAGAAGGACGCCGCGCUGGCUGCCGUCGCUGAAGCCGCCAAGUCCCGCUCCGAUACAAAGGAUUCACCAUUCGUUGGACGCAUGCUCAAGUCGCUUGUCCAGGGUGGACGGUUUAACAGCGCCGAGAAGAAGGUGGAGAAGGUCUCGCCGCCGCUGAACUUCCACGGACUGCUGUAUGAGCAGAUCGGCGGAGAAGUAAUGGCGUGGGCGACGGGGUCGAACGUGUACGUCGUCGUUGCGUUGACAGAGUCGGACGAUUUCGAGAAGAAGAGUGAGCUGCUGAAGGCGUUGAAGAAGGGGAAGAAGGCGCUGGAGCAGGCGUCGAAGGCUGAGAAGGGGCCUGCCAGUAGUGGAGCGAAGCUGUUGCUGGAGAAGAUCGCGUAG